AUCGCUUUACAGAGUCGUUGCGCCUUGUCGUCUCAAGAGGAAGACUCCCAAACCCAGGCCCACCCCCGCUCAUACUCAGAGAGAGAGAGAGAGAGAGAGAGAGAGAGAGAGCUCCCAUUUCCUUGAGAAAUCUCCUUCCUUCCAGAGACAAAAGAAAGAGUUUGGUUGUCAAGAAAAUUGAAGGCCAGAAAAGAAGGGGAUUUCGGGGAAGAAAAGUUGCAGCUUUGCCAAUUCAUUUUAGGGUUUAAGGAAAUUUUUCUGAAGGUUUUUGUUUAAGAGUCAAAAGGUCUGCAGCGAUGAGUGACAAUUUGAUGGAGAAAGUGAGCGCUCUUGGUGAGCGCCUCAAGAUCGAAGGGACUGAGGUCGGUCGAAAAAUGAGCGCUGGAUUUAGCUCAGUCAGCUUUAAGGUGAAGGAGCUCUUCCAAGGCCCAAACCAAGCAGAUAAGAUCGUUGAAGAUGCCACAUCAGAAGCACUCGAAGAACCUGACUGGGCUAUGAAUCUUGAAAUUUGUGACAUGAUCAAUACUGAAAGAGUUAACAGUGUUGAAUUGAUUCGUGGAUUAAAAAAGCGGAUUAUGUUGAAGAAUCCUAGGGUCCAGUACCUUGUGCUAGUGCUGCUUGAAACAUGUGUUAAGAACUGUGAAAAGGCUUUCUCUGAAAUAGCAGCGGAGAGAGUUCUUGAUGAGAUGGUGAAGCUGAUUGACGACCCUCAGACUGUUGUUAAUAAUCGCAAUAAAGCUUUGAUGCUGAUCGAAGCAUGGGGGGAAUCGACCGGUGAGCUCCGCUAUUUACCUGUUUACGAGGAAACAUACAAGAGUUUAAGAUCAAGGGGUAUUCGGUUUCCCGGUCGUGACAAUGAGAGUUUGGCACCAAUAUUCACUCCCCCUCGUUCAGUUUCUGCUUCAGAGUCAGAUGCUAGUUUUUCCCAGCAGAUUCCGGUUGAGAUUGCUGCUCAAAGCUUUACGGCUGAACAACCAAAGGAAGCAUUUGAUGUUGCAAGAAACAGUAUUGAGCUACUUAAUACUGUUUUCUCCUCUUCACCCCAACAAGAUGCUUUACAGGAUGACUUGACGACCACACUUGUACAACAGUGUCGUCAAUCUCUAUCCACUGUCCAGAGAAUUAUAGAGACAGCUGGAGAGAACGAGGCCUUGCUGUUUGAAGCGUUGAAUGUGAAUGAUGAGAUCCAUAAAGCUCUAUCCAAGUAUGAAGAACUGAUAAGGCCUUCAGUUGUUCCAACUGCGCCAGAACCUGCAAUGAUACCCGUAGCUGUGGAGCCUGAUGAAUCACCAAGUCAUGCGAAAGAGGAUUCCUUGAUUAGAAAACCAGCUGCUUCUCGAGGUUUGGUUCAUGCAGGGAGCAACGAUGACAUGAUGGAUGAUCUUGAUGAGAUGAUAUUUGGCAAGAAAGGUGGAAGUUCAUCUGAAGGAAGCCAAGAUCCGAAGAAGCAGCAGACGCCAGCAAAGGAUGACCUUAUCAGCUUUUGAGAUGGCUUAGAUUUAUAAUUCAAUAUACUUGGACAGGAAAACUUUGCCGGUGUUAAUACCAGGCUAUGUAGGUGUUGAUUGUUGGAGACGUUGAAGUUUGAUGUUUGAAUGAUUUCACCUUCAUGAACAUAAAUGUCGGUCUUCUUCUUUU